CUUUCAAUCUCCCUUUUGAUCUUUCCCAUUUGUCUAUCACAAUUCCUCGUGGAAAGUAGAAAACAUAGCAUUAUCCCUCAGAAUCAAAAGUCAAACAUUCAGAAAAUUAGAACUGUAAUUAAUUAGUCUGUUAAUCUUUGGCCUUUCAUAUUACUAUCCUCGCCUACUCACCUUCUUACAUAUUCGAAAGGAAGAGUACAAAAUGCGAACCCUCUCGGAGUGGUUUUUUGCUCAAGCUUACAAUUUAUCACAUCGACGGCCUCGAUCGGACCGCCCGCCUCGAUCUAACAAAUCUUUUGACUCGGAUGAUAAAGAUGGUCAUACCUUGUUCUCUGAACUUCCCUCUCGUGCGACCUCAAAGACCAGUAAUCAUUCGGAACAGAAGGCAUCAAAUCCACAAACGUCUAAUGAUCAAUUAACGAUUCCUGAAAACCUUCGACCAGCACUAUUAGAGGAUGGUAGUCAUCCAUAUUACCCUGGCACACCUUGGGGAGACUUGGAGCUGGGCUCAACGAUCGAUGACGGCUGCAAGCCCCGUCGUGAUAGUCAAUUGCUUCCCAAACGACUUCGGGCCUUCCGCCGCAAGACCCGACAUAGUACCGCUAGUGCUUUUCCAGGAUCGUUGCAGCCUAUGAAGGCUCCUCCUGUGUACCUACCACCUUAUCUUGGAACACUUCGCAGCACUCAUCGAAAAUCACUUCCUCUCUGAGUUCUCUUGGCAUGAGCAUUUUUGCUCAAUCCCCGAG